UUCUUCCAACCACUCGCUUCCUUUUAUUUUACCUUCACUUAUAAAAAAAACCCAAUUAAGUUUGUUUUAUUUUUUAGUCUUAAAAUGGACUUCAAAAAUAACACAAAAACACCCGAUAAUACAACACAUAUCAUUAUAUUUUUUAAACAUUUAGAAAAAAAUAACUCAUUACACAGGAUUUUUUUUAAAAAUAAUGUCUUUUGGGAAAGUAUUUUAAAAAAUAGGGUAGUUGGGAAAGUAUUUUCAAAAAUAGGUGACUGAAGUCGUGUACGGGGUACACGACUUCCACAAAUCGAUUUGGUGUCGUGGACCGGGCUUACGAUAUCCGAGUGGAGUCGUGGACCCGGCCCACGUUUUCUGACUGGAGUCGUGUACCCGGUACACGACUCCCGUACAGCUGGCACAUUUUGCCGCGUAUGGUGGAAGUCAUGUACCCCGUACACGACUUCCGUACAAUGAGUCAACGGUCAACAGUCCAGUCAACCGUAGGGUUCACGGGUGGACGUAGGGUUCAGAGGGUGUGGACACGUGUCGCGCAUGCAGGAAGUCGUGUACGGGUUACACGACUUCGCCUAUUUUAAAAACCCUAGAAUUCCCUCAUUCUGCCUUCAUUCCAAAUAUUUUUUCCUUCCUCUCUAAACUUUUCCUCUUCCUCUUUUUCGUUCUUCCUUCCUCUUUCCUUUCCUCUUCCUUCAUCUUUCCUCUCCUCUUCCUUCAUAUUUCCUCUUCCUUCAUCUAGUUUUUUCUCUCUUCAUCUUUCAUCUUUCCUCUUUCUAACCCAUUCUUCAUCCCAACUUCAUCUUUCCUCUUUCUAACCCACCCUGGUCCACUGUAUGUUCCUCCCGCUUUUAAUUAAUUUUGACCAGGCUGGUACGUAUGCUUGGGGCGCUGCAUGCCUCGCAUGGUUGUAUAGGGAAUUGUGUCGAGCGAGUAAUGCACGAUCUUUAGAGAUUGCUGGCCUAUUAAUAUUGUUGCAAGUAUGGGCGUAUGACAGAUUUCCUAUUCUGGCACCACAAGUACCAGUUGAGGUGUCAGUUGGUCGACCUUUGAGUUUCAGAUGGAGCGGUGUUAUACCAUUGUCAGAACUGCCCGCAAAUAUGUUGAUCACCUACCGAAUGUUUUUUGAUCGGCUGAUCAACUCUCAGAUUAAUUGGACACCAUACACGUCCCACAUUAUGGCAUUGUUUCCACGUCAAUGUCAUAACGGUCAAGCGAUGUGGACAUAUGUGGGUCCUAUGAUUUGCUUUCAUCUCGUUGAGAAGCAUCAAGCAGAUCGUGUAUUGCGACAGUUCCAUAUGCUACAAAUGCCACCAGAGUUUUGCUCCACAGAUCAGGGCCUACACCAAAUUGAUUUAAGAGGCAAGCACGAUCAAUAUUGGAGUAGGAUUCAUGCAGAGCAUAUAGCAAUGUGGCAUUCACGAAAUAAUUUUUGUGCCGAAGCAUAAGCAACACAGAAGCCGACAGUAUCAGAUAACUACUUUUCCUGGUACACGUCGAUUACCCGACGCUUCAUGACACCUGAUGGCGCUUACUGUUAUCGCAUGAAUAAUUUUGUUGAAGACGUACGUCGAGUCUCCAUGGAAAACAAUUUUGAAAUUUUUAGUCCAAUGUGUGACGAAGUCAUGGGAGAUAUAGACAGCCUUGUUCAGCGGACUUGACGUUUAAAUGUUGCCGACACAGAUCGUAGACGCAUUCGACGGCGACGACGACGACAAGGCGAUGAUGUCGUAGAGGAAGAUGGGGAAGCUUCUUAAGUUGUAUAAUUUAAGUGUUUUAAAAUUUUGCUAGAACUUAUUCAAGUUGUAUAAAUAAAAAGUUGAACUUUUUUAAAUUAAUUAUAAA